AUGCCAGGUGGACCCUCUGCAAAAAGAAUAAUGAGAUCUACAAAUGUAAUAUUGACCCCAACAGAAAUUGAAGCACAACCCAGCACUGUCACAGAUGCUGCCAGUGCACACCUAUACCUCAAAAAAAAGAGCCUAUGCCAUGCGACCAAACCAUACACUAUUACUCACUUAAUUUUGGUCCUUUUACAGAUCACGCAAAUAUCCGGUUCCAUUCCUCUACCAGUACUAACAGCCAUUAGAUCAGUUGUAUUCCUCCUCAAACAACAUGUAAUAGACGAAAUAUCAAUGGCAGCAGCUCAACAAAUUGCCCAGACAGUAGCCAGACAAGUCUCGGACUCGGUUACCACAAAACUGGUUGACCACAUCGUUGCCACAAUAGCCCCGCAAGUGGCUCAUUUACUGACGGCCUCCGAAAAACUAGAAAACUUGAUUGAAAAAACUGAAAACCCCAAAACCCUAAUAAAUGAAGUAGACCAGGAUACAGACACUAACCCAGUAACCCCCAAAAUCAUAGAUCAUAUCACAACUGCCAUGGCCCCACAGCUAGAACGACUAUCCUCCACCUCAAGUUCGCUAUCCAAAUCCCUAGAAGAAGCCACCAAGAUAUACUGGAAAUUAGACGAACAAGUAGACCUAGACCACGACAUUAAUGCGGCAGCGGAGCGCAUCACUAACACAACAGACACCAUUUGCAGUGCUAUCAAAGAUUGCCACAACUCCAUCAACCUCCUCUCCGCCUCCCUCAAAUUGACACAGGAAUCCAUCAACACAACUAUCGACCCAACUGGCCACCUCCCCACCUGCCACAUCAAAACCGCCAUUAUUUAG